AUGUUCGCCCUGCCGUCGGCUUACGUUACCGCGCAAGACAAGGGCAAAGCUUUCGCCGCCGACUACUACGGUCGGUUGAACGUAUCCGCCGAAUCCGUGAUCGGCAUGUUCACCGAACGUUCGCGGUACUGCUCGAUGGACUCGCUGAACGGCCGGCCGGCGAUCGGUCGACCUGCCAUCGUCCGGGAAGUACGUCGAUUUUCGGGCAUGUACAGCGGCGGCCGCGAUUUCGUGAAGGUCUUGUCCGUGGACGCGCAAAUCGACGUCGACGACGGCCCAAAGGUGGGAAAAUACUUCGGACGCGUCAACAGCGACGAAGGAAGUGACGACAGCUACAGCUACAUAUGCGAUGACGAUUACGAUGACGACAGCUUGAUGGUGAUUGUGCAUGCCGAGUGGACGGAUCCGACGUGUCGGUCGUUGGCGCCGCUGCCGUUCGUCCAGACGUUUCGUGUCCGGUGUCUGCGGACCGAAAACCAUAACGAUCGGUUCGAAAUCGUCAUCACUGUCAUCAAGAUGAUGGCGGCCACGGUACGACGACUGCCGGACGACAGCCGCGACGACUUUUCUAAUUUUGAACGUGUGGAAAGUGAUUAUGAAACAACAAGAGGACAAUUUAAACAGGAUACGUAUCCAGGCUAUGCAAACCAAUCGGAUGCAGAAGCUCGGGAAGGCGAACUGUGGUCGGACGUGACGUCAACAAUGUCGUAUUCCACGGCGCUGUCUACGGACGACGAACAAGAACCAUCGCGGUUGAUCGUCGAACAGUAUUUGGCCUAUCAGAAGAUGGUGAAAGAGUUCCUGGCGGAAUCGGCGGCUGUCGACCGCCAACCGUCGACACUCGAGACAUCCACCGUGGACGACGACGAUGACGAUGUCGGUCCGACAGAUCGGCUGCGCGUCGACCGCCUGAACAAGUCGAUCACGGCCGACCGACUGUACGCGGCGUUCAGCCGUUACGGCAAAGUGCUGUGGGUGCGCAUAUUUCCCGGUCGAUACAGCCGCGACUUGCCAUCCGAUCCGCGUUACCCGUACCAUUCGGCAAACGUCUGCUUCGACCGCACCGAGUCCGUCGACGGGGCGAUGGCCGACCACCGCGGUCCCGGUUGCACGAUCGGCGGCGUCCGCGUGUCGUUUAGCCGGUCCAGACCAGGCCAAUGACAUAUCAUUACGUUUUUACUGCGACGUCGAUGGAUCCUUAUACGCACAUCGUAGAACAUUCAAUUUCAACUUGUACAAUGAAAUGGAUAAUGGAUACACAGCUGUCUUGACUUAAA